AUGCCCCGCCACAUCUCUUCCAAGAUGCCCAUCACGAAGACAGUUCGUUUCGCGGAUUCGCCUAACGACACGUACUCGUAUGAUUCGGACCAGACGCCUUCACCAAUCGCGACUCGAUCGUCUCAGAGGCUAUUUGGAAACCCGUUGGUGAGCCAGGAGCUACCUAACAUGUAUUAUCAUUCUCGGUCGGUGAACGAUACCCCGUCUCCCGAGUUUUAUCGGUCUCCAUUGCCAUCUUCGCCGAGCUUCUCUUCGUUCCCAAGUUCCAUAUCUUCUCCUUCCCCACAGCAGUCGCCAUCCUCAUUCCACCCACCGCCGACGCCCGAUGGUCUCCGGAACUCUAUCAGCCUCCCGUCAGUAGAGGAAGACUUUGAGCCAACCACCGUUGAACUACAUGAAUUCCUCCGCCCGCCUCACCUCGGCAUCGACUUGUCAAAGGACAUUUCGCCGUACAUCUCUGAGCUUUCUGACGAACCUGCUACCUCUCCUCCCCUUCCCGGAGGCAUGAUUCUGGUUUCCAAGUACCUCCCGUGGCGGAUUCAUAUCUCCCCCAGUUCAGUCAGGGACGUGGUCGUGGCGCUAUAUACUGCACUGCGUACAAGGGUGACGGAGGAGGAGCUGAAGGCUGUGGGAGGGUUGGGCGUGAUGAGGGCGUUUGCGAACCGGGUAGAGGGGAUGGGGGAGGAAGAGAGGAGGAAGGGUGUUAGGAGAGUUGACUUCUUGUUGGGGUAUACUAGGUUCAUCGGGAUCGAAGCUACGGAUGAACCGGGGGUAUGGAAGGCUAAUAGUGCACCGUUAUCUUUAUUCGAGAAUAGAUUCGCUUUUCAGAACUCAUGA